AUGAAGAUCGCCUUUGCUGCUGUUGGCCUCUCCAUGGCCUCUCUCGCUGCUGCCAACGCUCUCUGCGAGCUCCUCUGCUUCACUCAAGUCAUGAACCACCCUCUCGCCAAGUCCUGCCAGGAGCCCGACAUGUACUACUGCUUCUGCAGGAUUCCCGAGCUUGCCGAGUCCUACAAGAGCUGCGCUUGCAGCCUCUGCCCUUCCAGCGCCAACAAUGUCAUUCUCGGCGGUCUCGAGCUCUGCGAGGAUCUCGAAUCCCCCAUCGACUGGCUCGAGCCCAGCUGCUCUGCUUAG